GGCGGCGCGGCCCGGCCCGCUCAAGAUGGCGGUGCGGAAGAAGGACGGCGGCCCCAACGUCAAGUACUACGAGGCCUCGGACACCGUCAGCCAGUUCGACAACGUGCGGCUCUGGCUCGGCAAGAACUACAAGAAGUACAUCCAGGCAGAGCCCCCCACCAACAAGUCGCUGUCGAGCCUGGUGGUGCAGCUGCUGCAGUUCCAGGAGGAGGUGUUCGGGAAGCACGUCAGUAACGCGCCCCUCACCAAGCUGCCGAUCAAAUGCUUCCUGGAUUUCAAGGCGGGGGGAGCCCUGUGCCACAUCCUGGCAGCGGCCUAUAAAUUCAAGAGCGACCAAGGAUGGCGGCGUUUCGAUUUCCAGAAUCCCUCGCGGAUGGACCGCAACGUGGAGAUGUUCAUGACCAUCGAGAAAUCCCUGGUGCAGAACAACUGCCUGGCCCGGCCCAACAUCUUCCUGCACCAGGAGAUCGAGCCCAAACUGCUGGGCAAGCUGAAGGACAUCGUCAAGAGGCACCAGGGCACCGUGACCGAGGACAAGAGCAACGCGUCCCACAUUGUGUGCCCCGUCCCGGGGAACCUGGAGGAAGAGGAGUGGGUCCGGCCGGUCAUGAAGCGUGACAAGCAGGUGCUGCUGCACUGGGGCUACUACCCCGACAGCUACGACACCUGGAUCCCCGCCAGCGAGAUCGAGGCGUCCGUGGAGGAUGCCCCGACGCCGGAGAAGCCUCGGAAGGUCCAUGCCAAGUGGAUCCUGGACACGGACACCUUCAACGAGUGGAUGAACGAGGAGGAUUACGAGGUGACGGACGAGAAGAGCCCCAUCACCCGCAGGAAGAAGAUCUCGGCCAAGACGCUGACGGAUGAGGUGAACAGCCCCGACUCAGACCGGCGGGACAAGAAGGGGGGUAACUACAAGAAGCGGAAGCGCUCACCUUCCCCGUCACCCACCCCCGAGGCCAAGAAGAAGAACGCAAAGAAGGGACCUUCCACCCCCUACAACAAAUCCAAGCGCGGGCACCGCGAGGAGGAGCAGGAGGACCUGACAAAGGACAUGGACGAGCCCUCACCCGUCCCCAACGUGGAGGAGGUCACCCUGCCCAAAACAGUCAACACCAAGAAGGACUCGGAAUCAGCGCCCGUGAAGGGGGGCACCAUGACAGACCUGGAUGAGCAGGAAGAUGAGAGCAUGGAGACGGCUGGCAAGGACGAGGAGGAGAACGGCACUGGGAGCAAGGGGGAGCAGGCCAAGAACCCUGACCUGCACGAGGACAACGUGACGGAGCAGACCCACCACAUCAUCAUCCCCAGCUACGCGGCCUGGUUCGACUACAACAGUGUCCACGCCAUCGAGCGCCGUGCCCUGCCCGAGUUCUUCAAUGGCAAGAAUAAAUCCAAGACCCCCGAAAUAUACCUGGCCUACCGCAACUUCAUGAUCGACACGUACCGGCUGAACCCGCAGGAGUACCUCACCUCCACCGCCUGCCGCCGCAACCUGGCCGGCGACGUCUGUGCCAUCAUGCGGGUCCACGCCUUCCUGGAGCAGUGGGGCCUCAUCAACUACCAGGUGGAUGCCGAGAGCCGGCCCACCCCCAUGGGCCCCCCACCCACCUCGCACUUCCACGUGCUGGCCGACACUCCCUCGGGGCUGGUGCCACUGCAGCCCAAGACGCCCCAGGGCCGGCAGAGCGACGGCGACGCCAAGACCGGCCGCAAGAGCAAAGAGAUCGAAGAGCUCGUCAGCGAGACGGUGAAGGGGAAGCCGGAGCUGCAGCCGACCUCGGCCUCGCAGCAGAUGCUGAACUUCCCGGACAAGGGCAAGGAGAAGCCAGCCGACAUGCAGAACUUCGGCCUCCGCACCGACAUGUACACCAAGAAGAACGUCCCCUCCAAGAGCAAGGCUGCCGCCAGCGCCACGCGGGAGUGGACGGAGCAGGAAACGCUGCUGCUGCUGGAGGCCCUGGAGAUGUACAAGGACGACUGGAACAAGGUGUCAGAGCACGUGGGCAGCCGGACUCAGGAUGAGUGCAUCCUGCACUUCCUGCGGCUGCCCAUCGAGGAUCCCUACCUGGAGGACUCAGAGGCAUCGCUGGGACCACUGGCCUACCAGCCCAUCCCCUUCAGCCAGUCGGGCAACCCUGUCAUGAGCACCGUUGCAUUCCUGGCCUCCGUCGUCGACCCCCGCGUCGCCUCCGCUGCCGCCAAAUCGGCUCUGGAGGAAUUCUCCAAGAUGAAGGAGGAGGUGCCCACAGCGCUGGUGGAGGCCCACGUGCGCAAGGUGGAGGAGGCGGCCAAGGUGACGGGCAAGGCUGACCCCGCGUUUGGGCUGGAGAGCAGCGGCAUCGCCGGCACCACCUCGGACGAGCCGGAGCGGAUCGAGGAGAGUGGGGCGGAGGAGGCGCGGGCCGAUGCGCAGCCGGCUGAGGAGAAGAAGGAGGUGAAGGAGCCCCGGGACAGCAGCACCGAGGAGGAGGCAAAGGAGAAGCCCGGGGAUACACCCAAGAAAGAGGAGGAGAAGGGGAAGGAGGUGGAGGGUGAGAAGGAGCCCGACAAGGGUGACAGCGAUGGUGCAGGAGAGCCAGAGAAAGAGAAGGAGGUGAAGGAGGGGCCAGAUGAGGCACCUAAGGAGCCUCCAGAGCCUGAGGCUGAGCGCAAGGCCAAGGUGGAGCGGGACAUCGGCGAGGGGAACCUCUCCACUGCCGCCGCUGCCGCGCUGGCUGCUGCUGCCGUCAAGGCCAAGCACUUGGCAGCUGUGGAGGAGCGGAAGAUCAAGUCCCUCGUGGCGCUGCUGGUGGAGACGCAGAUGAAGAAGCUGGAGAUCAAACUGCGGCACUUCGAGGAGCUGGAGACCAUCAUGGACCGGGAGCGCGAGGCCCUGGAAUACCAGCGGCAGCAGCUGCUGGCGGACCGCCAGGCCUUCCACAUGGAGCAGCUGAAGUACGCGGAGAUGCGCGCCCGGCAGCAGCACUUCCAGCACCUGCAGCAGCAGCAGCAGCAGCAGCCGCCCCCGCUGCCCCCGGGGGCUCAGCCCCUGCCCGCCGCCGGAGCCCCCCUGGCCCCCGCCGCCCACCCGCUGGCCGCGCCGCCCACCCCGGCCAUGGUGGGCCCCGCUGAGCCCGUGGGGCAGCCGCUGCCCGGGCCCCCCGCCGCAGCCGCCCCGCCACCGGGAGCCCCGAACGUCCCGCACGCCCCGGCGCCGUUCCCUGGGCAGCAGCCGCCGUCCCAGAGCCUGGCGGGGACCCUCGGUGGCAGCGGCCACCCCGCUGUGCCCGGUAAUGCUCCCGCGGCCCUGCCCUUCGGAUUGCCUCCAUCCGCCAUCCCAUUGAGCAUGGCUAACCCCCGCCGACCCCUGGGCGCCUCCUUCCCCGCUAACCCGCCCAUCCCGCUGCAUGGGGCCCUGGCCAGCAGCAUGCCGGGGGGCGGGGGGCUGCCCCCCAACUCCCACCCACCCGGCCUGGCCCUGCCGCACCUCGCGGGGGGCUCGGCCGCCGCGCACAGCCCCGCCAUCGUGGCCGCCGUGCAGGGAAGCCUCCUUCCCAACCCCGGCCUCCUCGCAGACCAAGGCCCCCCGCAGACGGACCCCAUCGCGCCCACCCCCAGCACGGCCACCCCUGUGCCCCCCACGCAGUGAGCCCCGGCCGGGGCCCAGGACGCCGCAGCCCUCCCAGACCGGCCCCUCCCGCCCCUGCAAGGCACCCCAAAGGACCCCCUGCCCACCUCAACCGACCUCCCUCGCCCCCAGCUUUGGUAUUUUUUUAUGAUUGUCCCAGAUUUUAUUUAAG